AGGGCAGUUAUUUUCUAAUACUUCCAGUGUGGCAGUGCCACAGAGAGUGAGUAAUGUUGCCAGGGCCAGAUGUCAGGCACGAUGUUUUGUGGGGGUCUGCAACUAGAGAGCCGGCAAAGCUGUAGAAGAAUGUGGCACCUUCUCAUUAGUAGAUACAGCAUGUGCUGUCACUAUCUUUAUCCUGACUCACAGUUUCUAGUUUCAGAUGUGUUCGGAUAGGCCCGUCCGCACGGGCCCGUUUUGUUUGAAAGGAGUUUGUGUCAUGGACGGUUGUUUUAGGAGAAAGGUCGACCUGGCUUUGUAAUAACUCUGCUCAGGAAAGGGGGGGAAAGGAAUACGAACAUGGUGCUUUAUGAAAGAAUGAUUGAAGACUGCGGGCAGAGCGUUGACACCAUGGCAGAUAGAAGGCAACUGUUGGUGGAGAUGAGGGCUCAGGAUUUGGAUUCUAUACGACUGUCGACGUACAGAACAGCCUGCAAACUCAGAUUUGUGCAGAAGAAAUGCAACUUGCAUUUGGUCGACAUUUGGAACGUCAUCGAGGCUUUCCGGGAGAACGGCCUCAACGCCAUGGACCUCAACGCUGAGCUUUCCGUGGCUCGUCUAGAAGUUGUGCUGUCCACUAUCUUCUACCAGCUGAACAAGCGCAUGCCCACCACGCAUCAGAUAAACGUGGAACAGUCCAUCAGCCUGCUGCUCAACUUCCUGCUGGCAGCCUAUGACCCGGAGGGCCACGGCAAGACAUCUAUCUUUGUUGUGAAAAUGGCCCUCGCAACCAUCUGUGGUGGGAAAAUUCUGGAUAAAUUAAGAUAUAUUUUUUCACUCAUAUCAGAUUCUGCUGGAAUAAUGGUGCACUCGCAGUUUGACCAGUUUCUGAGGGAGGUUCUUAAAUUGCCCAUGGCGGUUUUCGAGGGACCCUCGUUUGGUUACACCGAGCAAGCUGCGAGAACGUGCUUUGCGCAGCAGAAAAAGGUCUCCCUCAACACAUUCCUCGAUACGUUGAUGUCAGACCCGCCCCCUCAGUGUCUGGUGUGGCUGCCGCUCAUGCAUCGCCUCGCCAACGUGGAGAACGUGUUUCACCCGGUCGAGUGCUCCUACUGCCAUACUGAGAGUAUGAUGGGCUUCCGCUACCGCUGCCAGCAAUGUCAUAAUUACCAGCUCUGUCAGGACUGCUUCUGGAGGGGGCAUGCCAGUGGUUCCCAUAGCAACCAGCACCAAAUGAAGGAGUAUACGUCAUGGAAAUCCCCCGCUAAGAAGUUAUCCCACGCCCUCAGUAAGUCAUUGAGCUGUGCAUCCAGCAGAGAGCCUCUUCACCCCUUGUUUCCUGAAAUGCCAGAUAAACCUCUCAACCUAGCUCAUAUUGUGCCACCAAGACCGGUGAACAUCACCAAUGACUACUCAUUCUCCCACUCCAUGCCUACAUCAGGGAACCCUUACUCCACCAAAAACAAGAAUAAUGUUGUUGGGCAGAGAAAGCCCCUGACUGGGGCUGCUCCACAUCUGCUGAAAGGGAGAGGGUUGAACUACAACCUCGAUGUUGCCGAUAGACUUGCUGACGAACAUGUACUCAUUGGCCUCUAUGUGAACCUACUCCAAAACAACCCCAAAACAUGUUUGCUGGAGAGCAGUAACCAUCAAGAUGACGAGCACAGUCUCAUUGCUCGCUAUGCUGCUAGACUGGCUGCUGAUGCUGCGGCUCAACAGCAGAGGGUCCCCACAGACCUCCCCUGCUCUCUGGAUGCCAACAAACAGCAGAGACAGCUCAUUGCCGAGCUCGAGAGCAAAAACAGAGAAAUCCUCCAGGAAAUCCAGCGACUGCGCCUUCAGCAUGAGGAAGCUUCCCAGCCGCCACCAGACAGGGGCCAGCAAAACCCCACCCUGCUCGCUGAGCUACGACUCCUCAGGCAACGCAAAGAUGAGCUUGAACAAAGAAUGUCUACUCUGCAGGAGAGUCGCAGGGAACUCAUGGUGCAGCUGGAGCAACUAAUGAUGCUUCUCAAGACUCAGGGUCCCGGCUCGCCGCGCUCUUCACCCAGCCACACCAUCAACCGGCCAAUUCCCACACCAAUCCACUCGGAUUCUGCCGGCACGACCCCGACUCACACACCUCAGGACUCACUCAUGGGCGUGGGCGGGGACGUUCAGGAGGCCUUCGCUCAGGGUCCAAGGAGAAAUCUGAGAAAUGACCUGCUCAUUGCUGCUGACUCCAUCACUAAUACAAUGUCAUCACUGGUUAAGGAGCUCAAUUCAGAGGGUGGAAGUGAAACGGAGAGCACUGUAGAUUCAGAUUUUGGACGUGAACUGCUGGCCACAAACUCCUCAGAUCCUUUCUACGCUUACAAACCAAGGCCUGCGAGCGCUGCCGAUGAGGAGUGCUUUGAGAAGGAUCUGGAGCGGCAGCUGGAGGAUGAGCUCCAGUUGGAUGAACUGAAAAAGCACAGGCAGGAAACGGACAAAACGUGCAUGGUGACUCUGCAGCAGUGACCACGUAGGUCCGGGUGACUGGCGAGCAAUAUGAAAAGCAAAAACAGCUGAAGACACUGGACGAGACGACGUUUGGCCGACAGUAUAGAGCACUGAGGACAUGAAGAAUUUAAGUUAUGCUAAAUCCAACCAUAAAAUACAUUUAUGUAAAGAUAUAUAUUUUUAACCAAGCACAUAUUUAAGGUAAUUCUGUGAGCUUAUGUAAAGAGAUUAAUUCCUGAGCUGUCUCUUAUACCACAGGUGCCAUAAGGAAGAAAACAGAAAAAGGAAAGAACACAAUUUUGGGAAAUUAUUUCUUAAUUUUUAUCUUUUUUUUUUUUUGUUUGUUUGUUUUUUUUCCCUAUAUAUCAGUUGUUUAGCAAAUGUACAACUGCACUGUUAGCACAGGGUGGACACCGUGAUUCUUUGAAGUCAAAUUGUUGUCAUCGUCUUUAUAAUUUGUGAUAAUGAGCCUGGGAUUACGUUGGAGCUGAUGAUGAUGAUGAUGAUGUAAAUGAUCAAAGCUGAAAUCUUUUGUAAACUUGUUUCCCUGGCCGGGUUACCAUGAACAAAUGUUAGUAUAUUUCUUACAGCUGCUGUUGAGUUGCUUUGGCUUUUUUUUUUUUGAGCUGGCCAAUCAGAUGCGUUUGUUUUAUUUGAUACAUUAGUGUUAAUAAUAACUCACACUGCCUUAGCUGAUUGGAUGACCUCUCAAUGGAGUUUGUUCAACCUGUCAGUGCAGCAUGUAGCUUACAACAAAACCUGCAGCAAUGCUGGAAAUCUUCACUGGAGAUGAUAAUACUGAUACUAGUAGGGUUUGUUUGUCUGCAGAGGGAACUGGUCUGCAAUCAUGUAUGCUGUCUAUUAAAUGUCAAUUAAAUAUAAGAUAUAGAUGACUGGUUCUGAUGUCUGAAAGUGUGUUGUGUUUUUUUUAAAGUGGAAGAAGAGAUGAUACAAAUGGAUCCAAAUCACUCAAACUUAAAGAUUUACAACCAUGAGGGCAUUGAAGAAACUGCAUUUACUAUCAGUGGUUUAUGAAUUAAGGUUAAAUCAUAGAUAAUCUGCCAUUGUUCCCUUUGCUAGUCACUCAAAUCUUUGACUUGCACACAAACACACAUAUACACACACACUCUAUGUAUUUACUGAGUGUGCACCAAACUUUACCCAGUCACUUUAGGAAAAGUGGCAAGCCAAUCUAAAAUCAUAAAUGUGUGAAAUAUCUAGUUUGAUUUUUGAGCAAGUUCAUAGCAGUGAUUUUGCAUGGUGGUGGUGCAUAAUAAAGUGUUGACACAAUAUCAAAAUUUU